AUGUCUGGGGUUUGUGCAGCUUCUGACAUUUGGAGUGUUGGCUGUACAGUUAUUGAGCUUCUUACAUGCGUGCCUCCUUAUUAUGAUUUGCAGCCUAUGCCGGCUCUUUUCCGUAUUGUCCAGGAUGAACACCCUCCAAUUCCUGAUAGUCUUUCGCCUGACAUUACUGAUUUUCUGCAUCAAUGUUUUAAGAAGGAUGCUAGACAAAGACCUGAUGCUAAAACGCUGUUGUCUCACCCCUGGAUUCAAAACUGCAGACGUGUCCUGCAGUCUUCUCUUCGUCAUAGUGGAUCAUUAAGAAAUAUAGAGGAAGAUGAUUCUGCAGAUGGAAAAGUUUCUGGUGGUGAUCGUAAGCUUGCAGGUGAAAACUCUUCUGUGGAGAAACAGGGCACUACGGCUGCUGAUAGCAGCAGAUCUCAAGAGGAAAGUGCCUCAGAUUCUAAUUUUCCCAACGAAAGAACUGAUAAGGCGGAUGAUUUCAUAUCGGAUGAGGUUUUUACCUUAGCCAUUCAUGAGAAGUCAUUUCAACAAACUGGUUCUGGCAAACUCUCUCGUGAUGGAGAAGUGGGUAGUUCUGAGCCUACUGGUAAUCAUGAAAUUUCAAAUGCCAAAGAACUUCAUGAAGUCACAAUGAAUGGAGAAGUUGGAUCACCACAGUCAAGAGGAGUGGCUAAUAAAGUUGGAGUAAAAGACAGUUCCAUCAAUAAUGGCAAAAAAUCAUUUGCUUUUGGACCAAGAGGACUUGAUAAAGGUCCCACAAAGGCAAUGAAGGCACUGCACCCUGCAGAAGGAAAUGAGCUGAGCAAAUUUAGUGACCCUCCGGGAGAUGCCUACUUGGAUGAUUUAUUUCCUUUAGACAAACGACAUGGGGAGGUUGUAGGUGAGGCAUCCACAUCUGCAUCAACUUCACACAUGGCAAAAGGCAAUGUAUCUUCAAUUGACGGAGGAGAAAAAGACCUGGCCAAAGAGCUGAGGGCUACAAUCGCAAGAAAGCAAUGGGAGAAAGAGAGUGAAAUUGGGCAGGCAAACAACGGUGGGAACCUUUUACACCGAGUUAUGAUAGGUGUUCUAAAAGAUGAUGUGAUUGAUAUAGAUGGUUUGGUAUUUGAUGAAAAACUUCCUGGAGAGAACCUUUUUCCUCUGCAGGCUGUUGAGUUUAGCAAAUUAGUUGGUUCAUUAAAACCCGAGGAAUCAGAAGAUGUGAUUGUCUCUGCCUGUCAGAAACUCAUUGGUAUAUUUCAGCAGCGCUCAGAGCAGAAGCUUGUUUUUGUUACCCAGCAUGGUUUACUUCCUCUAACUGACUUGCUUGAAGUUCCUAAAACACGUGUCAUAUGUUCUGUGCUUCAGCUUAUAAAUCAAAUAAUUAAAGACAACACUGAUUUUCAAGAAAAUGCUUGUCUUGUUGGAUUGAUUCCUGCAGUCAUGAGCUUUGCUGUACCUGAUCGUCCCCGGGAUAUUCGUAUGGAAGCAGCUUUUUUUUUACAGCAGCUUUGUCAGUCAAGUUCUUUGACGUUACAAAUGUUUAUAGCUUGCCGUGGAAUACCUGUUUUGGUGGGAUUUCUCGAAGCUGAUUAUGCCAAGUACAGGGAAAUGGUUCAUCUGGCUAUUGAUGGCAUGUGGCAGGUAUUUAAGCUUCAGCAGUCAACGCCUAGAAAUGAUUUUUGUCGGAUAGCUGCAAAAAAUGGCAUACUCCUUAGGCUUAUAAAUACACUUUAUAGCUUAAAUGAGUCAACCCGGUUAGCAUCUAUGUCUGUUGGGGGAGGUUUUUUAGUUGAUGGUCCGAUUCCACGACCACGUUCUGGUAUAUUGGAUCCUACUCAUCCUUUUUCAAUUCAGAAUGAGGCACCGCUGUCUUCAGCAGAUCAGCAAGAUCUUUCUAAAUUAAGGCGUGGAGUUCUUGAUCAUCACUUAGAGCCUUCACAUUCUUCAUCAUCCAAUCCUAGAAGAUCCGAUGCUAACUACCAAAUGGAUGUCGAUAGACCUCAGUCAAGCAAUGCUGCAGCUGAAGGUGUGCCACUAGAAAAAAGUUCAAAUCUUGCAUCCAGGGAAUCUUCAGCGGGUACAAUGAAAGAAAGAGAAAACGUCGAUCGUUGGAAAAGUGAUCCUUCUAGAGCUGAUGUUGAACUAAGACAACGACUUAGUAUUUCUGCCAACAGGACAUCAACAGAUAGGCCUACAAAGUUGACAGAAACGCCCUCAAACGGGUUAUCAGUAACAGGAGCAACUCAGCAAGAGCAAGUUAGGCCUCUUCUUAGCUUGUUGGAGAAAGAGCCCCCAUCUGGACGUUUAUCUGGACAGCUUGAAUAUGUACGUCAGUUUUCAGCGUUAGAAAGACAUGAAAGUGUACUCCCUUUGUUACACGCUUCUGAGAAGAAAACAAAUGGUGAACUAGACUUUUUGAUGGCAGAAUUCGCAGAUGUUUCUCAACGUGGAAGGGAAAACGGAAAUCUUGACUCCAGUGCUAGAGUGUCUCAAAGAGUUACUCCCAAGAAAUUAGGGACUUUUGGUUCUAGUGAAGGAGCUGCUUCCACAUCUGGGAUCGCAUCUCAGACAGCAUCAGAAGUUGCAAAAGAGUACCUUGAAAAAGUGGCAGAUCUUUUGCUUGAGUUUGCACAAGCGGAUACAACGGUGAAGUCUUAUAUGUGUAGUCAAAGCUUGCUUAGUCGACUUUUCCAGAUGUUUAAUAGGGUAGAACCACCUAUUUUGUUGAAGAUACUGAAGUGUAUUAAUCACCUGUCAACUGAUCCAAAUUGCUUAGAAAAUCUUCAGCGUGCUGAGGCAAUCAAAUACUUGAUACCAAACCUUGAACUCAAAGAAGGGUCUCUUGUAUCAGAGAUACAUCAUGAGGUCCUGAACGCACUGUUCAACUUAUGCAAGAUAAAUAAGAGGAGACAGGAACAAGCAGCUGAAAAUGGAAUCAUUCCCCAUCUAAUGCAAUUCAUCACAUCAAAUUCUCCCUUGAAACAAUAUGCAUUGCCUCUGUUGUGUGACAUGGCGCAUGCAUCUCGUAACUCAAGGGAGCAGUUAAGGGCUCAUGGUGGUUUGGAUGUCUAUUUGAACCUUCUUGAGGAUGAGUUUUGGUCUGUGACUGCACUAGAUUCAAUUGCUGUUUGCUUAGCCCAUGACAAUGAUCAUAAGAAGGUUGAACAAGCAUUGCUGAAGAAAGAUGCAGUUCAGAAGCUGGUGAAGUUCUUCCAGAGCUGUCCAGAGCAGCAUUUUGUACACAUAUUGGAGCCGUUCUUGAAAAUCAUCACAAAAUCUGCACGGAUCAACACCACUUUGGCUGUUAAUGGAUUGACGCCAUUACUCAUUGCAAAGCUUGAUCAUCAAGAUGCUAUAGCUCGUCUUAAUUUACUCAGGCUAAUAAAGGCUGUUUAUGAACAUCACCCUCAGCCCAAGAAACUGAUUGUGGAGAACGAUCUCCCCGAGAAACUCCAAAACUUAAUAGGGGAACGCAGAGAUGGCCAAGUGUUGGUUAAACAGAUGGCAACUUCAUUACUUAAAGCAUUACAUAUAAACACUGUGUUGUAA